AUGAGCUCCGUGCGUUUGAGGACUUUCCUUUUUCUGGUGUUCUCCUCUGCUCGGGUUUUGAUUGUUACAUGUCAAGACGGGACCGGGGGAGAUGCGAACAGCUGCACAGCGGACGGCCAGGUGUACUCAAACAGGGACAUCUGGAAGCCGGAGCCAUGUCAGAUCUGCGUCUGUGACAACGGCCAGGUCCUCUGCGACGAGAUCCAAUGCGAGGAACUCCACAACUGCGAGAAGAUAGUGGUCCCCGAGGGCGAGUGCUGCCCCACAUGUCAGAGCGACCAACCCAACCCCGGUGGGACGGGCGGCUUUGGCGGGGACAGAAUCUACAAGGGCCAGAAGGGAGAGCCUGGGGAGGUCCCGAUUGUAACUGGUAUCAGAGGCCGACCUGGACCGAUGGGGCCUCCUGGCUCACCGGGGGAUCGGGGAUCUCGAGGAAACAAAGGAAGGCCCGGACUGCGAGGCCCUCCAGGUUAUGAUGGAGAGCCUGGUAUACCAGGUCAGCCUGGCGAACCAGGACCCCCAGGCCAUCCAACACAUCCAGGCGGGCUGGGAUCCCAGAUGGCUCAAGGUUUAGAUGGAAAAACAGGACCCCAGGCCAUGUUGAAUGGUGCAAGGGGAGAGAAUGGAGCAAGAGGGCCUCCUGGACCAAAUGGCUCACCAGGCCAAGCAGGACCACAAGGAGCGCCUGGAGAGGUUGGAGACCCAGGACACAUGGGUCCACCUGGGCAGAGAGGACCUGAGGGCCCCCCAGGAAAACCGGGUGAAGAUGGGGAACCAGGAAAAUCAGGAAAUACAGGAGAAGUUGGAUUCCCUGGAUCACCAGGGUCUAGAGGGUUUCCUGGGACACCGGGGCCUCCUGGCUUGAAGGGUCAUAGAGGUCAUGCAGGACCACUUGGCCAAAAAGGUGAAACUGGAGCAGUUGGAUCCAAGGGUGCUACAGGCCCCCCAGGUCCAAUGGGAGGACCUGGUCCAAUGGGUCCGUCUGGAAUGCCUGGGGAGAGGGGACGCCCCGGACCCGGCGGUACAGCGGGUAAACGUGGUGCACCUGGUAAUGUCGGGAAACCUGGUCCCAUGGGCCCCUUGGGUCUCAGCGGCUCAGCUGGAUAUCCGGGAACACCGGGCAUGAAGGGCCAGCCUGGCCCAACAGGUGUCCGGGGUCCUGAAGGACCACAGGGGCAGAGAGGAGAGACAGGUCACCUGGGCAGACCAGGACCAGUUGGCCUCAGGGGACCCAUGGGCACAGAUGGAGGCACAGGUACCAAAGGACCAGUGGGUAAUGUUGGUCCACAAGGACCAGGUGGCAAUGCUGGGCCCCACGGACCACCGGGACCUCAGGGAAGCACCGGUCAGCCUGGUAUCAAAGGACAGCUGGGAGAUGUUGGUGUCCCAGGUUUCAAAGGAGAUGCAGGGCCCAAAGGAGAACCGGGUCCACCAGGCUCUCAAGGAGUGAUUGGACCUCAGGGUGAGGAAGGAAAGCGAGGAUCACGUGGAGACCCUGGCUCUGUUGGCCCUCCAGGUCCUGUUGGUGAGAGAGGUUCUCCUGGUAACAGAGGAUUCCCUGGUGCUGAUGGACUGCCAGGACCUAAGGGUGCUCAAGGAGAUCGUGGCAUUUCUGGCCCACCUGGACCUAAAGGUUCUCUAGGAGACCCAGGGCGUCCCGGAGAGCCUGGUCUGCCAGGUGCAAGGGGUCUUACUGGUACCCCAGGAGUCCAAGGAGCAGAGGGAAAACCAGGGCCUCUGGGCGCCCCAGGUGAGGAUGGUCGACCCGGUCCAGCGGGGUCCAUUGGCAACAGAGGCCCUGCAGGAACCAUGGGAGUUCCGGGGCCUAAAGGCUUCAAUGGUGACCCAGGAAAGACAGGUGAACAGGGAUCUGCAGGAGUUCCAGGUCAAAGAGGUCCUCCUGGAAAAGAUGGAGAAGUUGGCCCUGCGGGCCCCCCUGGCCCAGCUGGUGUUGCUGGAGACAGAGGCGAGCAGGGACCACCAGGUGUGAAUGGGUUCCAGGGUUUGCCAGGAAAUCAAGGGCCCCCUGGAGAACCUGGUAAACCAGGUGAUCUAGGCAUACCUGGAGAGCUUGGUCCCGUGGGUCAGAUUGGACCAAGGGGGGAGCGAGGGAUUCCAGGGGAGAGAGGAGAGCUGGGUUCAACUGGUCUGCAAGGACCUAAAGGAAUUCCCGGUGCACCCGGCCCAGAUGGACCAAAGGGUAGCCCAGGUCCUACUGGUGCUUUGGGUGAUGUUGGCCCCCCUGGUCUUCAGGGAAUGCCUGGAGAGAGAGGCAUCUCUGGUCCUCCUGGGCCCAAAGGUGACAGAGGAUCAAUUGGUGAGAAAGGAUCAGAGGGUACACCUGGCAAUGAUGGUGCGAGAGGAGCCCCCGGCCCCGUUGGCCCUCUAGGACCUGCUGGACCCAGUGGUGAGAAGGGAGAACCUGGACCCAAAGGACCAGCUGGACCUCCAGGAUCAAGAGGAUUGCAUGGAGCAAGAGGUGACCCCGGCCCGAUUGGUGCUGUUGGAUUUGCUGGACCCCCUGGUCCUGAUGGUCAACCAGGAGUCAAGGGAGAGCCGGGAGAACAAGGCCAAAAAGGAGAUGCUGGUUCUCCAGGACCACAAGGCUUAGCCGGUGCUCAUGGCCCUCCUGGACCAAUUGGCGUUGCUGGACUGAAAGGAGGACGAGGAACACAGGGUGCUCCCGGACCUACUGGUUUUCCAGGAUCCGCAGGGCGAGUUGGACCACCUGGCCCAACGGGCCCAGUUGGCGAACCUGGACCCCUGGGACUUCCAGGCAAAGAGGGCCCUCCUGGACUCCGCGGAGAUCACGGAGCCCCUGGACGACAAGGGGAGCGAGGACCUGCAGGACCACCAGGGAGCCCUGGUGACAAAGGGGACUCUGGAGAGGAUGGCCCCACGGGGCCUGAUGGUCCUCCAGGCCCAGCUGGAACUACCGGACAGAGAGGCAUUGUGGGUCUUCCAGGUCAGAGGGGGGAAAGGGGCAUGCCAGGCCUUCCAGGACCAGCGGGUCCACCUGGAAAACAGGGAUCCCCAGGACCACAUGGAGACAAAGGCCCUCCAGGUCCAGUGGGUGUUCCUGGUGCAAACGGACCUCGUGGUGAUCCUGGCCCUGAUGGUCCUGCAGGUUCUGAUGGCCCCCCAGGAAAGGAUGGUGUUCUGGGACAAAGGGGAGACAGAGGAGAUUCUGGUCCAGAAGGUCUGAUCGGUCCUCAGGGACUUCCUGGAACUCCUGGUCCAGUUGGGGCACCAGGUGAUGCGGGAAAGAGAGGAGAGUCUGGCUCUAGAGGACCUCAAGGUCCACCAGGAUCAGCUGGAAAGAGGGGAUUAGUUGGGCCCCAAGGACCAAGAGGAGAUAAGGGUGACCUGGGUGACCAUGGAGAGAGAGGGCAGAAGGGACACAGAGGCUUCACCGGUCUGCAAGGCCUUCCUGGACCCCCAGGUACGACUGGUGAACAGGGAGCUCCAGGAAUAGUUGGACCAAAUGGCGCGAGGGGGCCCCCAGGACCCAUCGGUCCGCAUGGAAAGGAAGGAUACAUGGGCCAGCCAGGACCGAUGGGACCUCCAGGAACUCGUGGACUCAGUGGAGAAAUUGGACCAGAGGGUCCUCCAGGAGAACCGGGACCCCCAGGUCCUCCAGGUCCCCCAGGACCUCCCAUGUCGGUGGUGGACGAUCUCUUCGGAGGCCCACAGGAUUACGACUCCGGGCCGCCGCCUCCUCCAGAGUUCAGCGAGGACGAGGCUUUGCCCAACAGCAACUCCUCCACCAUCGUGCCCGUGGACCCCGGCGUCCAGGCCACCUUGAAGGCCCUUAGCAACCAGAUCGACAGCAUGAAGAGCCCCGACGGAACCAAGAAACACCCCGCGAGGACCUGCGACGACCUUAAGAGGUGCUACCCCAUGAAGAAGAGCGGUGAAUACUGGGUGGAUCCAAACCAAGGCAGCGCAGAGGACGCUAUCAAAGUCCACUGCAACAUGGACACCGGGGAGACCUGCAUCACCGCCAGCCCCUCCAGCAUACCUCGGAAAAACUGGUGGAGCUCGGCCAGGAACAAACCUGUGUGGUUCGGAGCAGACAUCAAUGGCGGGACACACUUCACGUACGGCAACAGGGAACACUCGGCCAACUCCGUCGUGGUGCAGAUGACCUUCAUCCGCCUGCUCUCCAAAGAGGCCUCGCAGACCAUCACCUACCACUGCAAGAACUCCGUGGGCUACAAAGACGCCAAGGCGGGCAAUCUGAAGAAAGCCGUGCUGCUCAAAGGCUCCAACGACCUGGAACUCAAAGCGGAGGGAAACAGCCGCUUCAGAUACGCGGUGCUGGAGGACUCCUGCUCGGAGGCAAACGGCGGCUGGGGAAAGACAGUGUUUGAGUACAGGACACAGAAAACUGCCAGACUUCCCAUUGUGGAUAUUGCCCCCGUGGACAUUGGUGGCCCCGAUCAGGAGUUCGGCCUCGACAUCGGGCCCGUUUGCUUUUUGUAA